AUGAUAGAAGCUGGCAUGAACAUUGCUCGACUAAAUUUUAGCCAUGGAUCUCAUGAGUUUCAUGCAAAGACAAUCAAAAAUAUACAUGAAGCAUUGCAAAGUUUUUCACCAAAACCAGUGGUAGCUAUUGCUCUCGACACCAAAGGACCCGAAAUUCGUACAGGACUUAUCAAUGGAUCUGGCACAGCAGAGGUAGAACUUAAGAAAGGUGCAAAGAUAAUAUUAACAACUGAUGAUGUCUUUGCUGUGAAUUGUACAGCUGAAAAGUUAUAUGUUGACUAUAAAAAUAUGCCAAAAGUCUUGAAAGUUGGUAGUCACGUAUACUUCGAUGAUGGUCUAAUUUCUGUAUCAGUUGAUAGUAUCGGCGGUAUUUAUGUGAAAAUUAAUAAGAUAAUGUUGUUGUUAUAUGCAGAUGGUUGCAAUAUGACAUGUACGGUAGAGAACGGAGGUAAAUUAGGCAGUCAGAAAGGUGUGAACCUGCCAGGAACCAAAUGCGACCUUCCAGCGGUUUCUGAUCGUGAUGUUCAAGAUCUUUUAUUCGGUGUAGAACAGAAUGUUGAUAUGAUCUUUGCGUCAUUCAUUCGAAAGGCUGAAGACGUACGUGCAAUCCGACGAGUGCUCAGUGAGAAAGGACGCUUUAUUAAAAUCAUCGCGAAGAUUGAAAACGAGGAAGGAGUGGAAAACGCUAAUGAGAUCAUUCGAGAGGCAAAUGGUCUGAUGAUUGCUCGUGGAGAUUUAGGUAUAGAAAUCCCUCCUGAAAAAGUAACAUUAGCCCAAAAAAUGCUAAUUGCGCGAUCUAAUGUAGCUGGAAAACCAGUAAUUUGUGCUACUCAGAUGCUUGAGUCUAUGACAAAAAAGCCAAGGCCUACUCGAGCUGAAGGUAGUGAUGUGGCCAAUGCAGUACUUGAUGGAAGUGACUGUGUUAUGUUAAGCGGUGAAACUGCUAAAGGUGAUUAUCCUGUGGUCACACUCAUGACUAUGAGUAAGGUAUGCAUGUAUGUGUGUGUGCAUGCACGCACUCUGCAAUAUUUUUAA